AAGAACGGUGAUACAUGCUCAUUGGUAAUUCUCGAACGAACCUCUUCAAGGCCAAUGAAUGGCGAAGGUCCACGUGGGCGAUAACCCUUUUUUUUAGACCGAUUCGCUCGACGAGCGAAAUUGCUUAUUCCACAUUCAUUCACAGCUACACAUGUAUGAACGGAAUUUUUUCCCACGAGGGUGCCGUAUUAUUCGAUAAGUUCACCGCUACCUCUGAUCUAUAUUUCUGUCCUACAACGUAACGCGUAAUAUGUAUAAUUAUCAAUUCCAUUAUGUAGAAGGAAUUGUAUCUUAAUACAAUAUGAACGUUUGCCUGAAAAUUCGAAGGACAUACCGUAAGAGGAAGUACACGUACGUAUAGUUGGACCGCGUGAUAAGCCACGCGUCGGUCGAAACUUGAAUUUCUUACAAACCGCGAUGUUUAGUAAAUUCAGUCGCGACCUUCGAGACAAACGACAAUAGGAGCGAAACUGACAGUUAGGCGUUCGAGACGUUUCCAAUGAACUUCGUUGCACGAACGACGUAAUUGCAUCAUGAAUCAUAUCGCACAGGUAUUGAGCACGAAAUUGAAGUCACCAACACGAAACACAGAAACGUCGAGGAUAUUCGAAUGCGGCUCGUGGAGAUCUCGAGUGCUCGUUAAGAUGAAAGAAUGCCGCGAUGCGAUUAAGAACAUUGUGAGCUUCGACAAGUCACCGAACACCGUAGAAACUGCACGAACAAACGUAGCCGCUGUCACGAACAAAACAUCCUUAUCUUCUAUCGACUCCGGGCUAAAAACUUCCGUGUCCUCGUUAUCGGACAUUACCAGAUUCAGUAGCAUCGCGUUCAAGGAUAAAGAACUGGAGGGCGAAGAGAUUCGAAGAAGAAAUUCAACGUCGUCGAGUUCAUUGGAGAAGGAAUUGAACGCGUCUACCAAUAGUUCACUGAAGUCGUUUCUCGACGAGGAACAAGCGUACACGAUCAAGAAAAAGAUAUCGGCCGAGCCAUUUCUCUCUUACACCGAAGGAACCGUGGAAUUUCUUUGGACAGACGACACAGAGACUAGUUUGUCCAGUCAAGAUAUCAAUUUUGGAAAUCCACCUAUGAACUCGACGUUUUGCGAAAACUCGCUCGCUAAUAUUAAUCGUGCAUCUCCUUUCGUUCAAAAAUUAUGAUUCUAGUUUCGAAAACCAUUUUUCAAUUUCAAUUUAUCUCUCUCUCUCUACUUACCUACUAGUAAUAGUUUUAUUUAUCGAAUAUUUUAUACGAUUAUGUUUUUAUUCGUUGCAAUAAAGUUUUCUAUUAAUCGAACACGAUUCUUGAAAUUCGAUCACGAGAACUUUCGAUACGCCAAGGCUAUGGGUUAGGUUUAGAUCUCGAUUUAAAAGUUUCCGUAUUCCCGAACGGUUCCCAAAUUAUUGUUACUAUUAAAAAUAAUAAUAAUAUAGCAUUCGCAGCCGCGUUCAAAGAUUUCGUAAUCGAAUCGUAACGUGCUCGCACUCGUAUCCGUCCUUGUUUAGAGUAAAUGUAAACGAAAACAUUGUAAAAGUUCUAAUAACUUUUAGGUGUCCUAACAGUCGUGUUCAAAUUAUUCUACAUAUUUUAUCGCGAAUCUUGUGUCGAUAAUGCAAUAAUCGUCGAGUACGAUCAGUGAUUGCGCGAAAAACGCUCGAGAUAUACCGCUUAAACAAACCGAUAAUAUCCGAUACUUUGAAACACUGAAUUUUCCCAGAUAAUUAAUUCGACGCGGAACCAAUACGACGCUCUGUUCGUAUCUAACCAACGGCUGAAAGAGAUCUCGAUCGUUCCGAUAUACUUCGCUAUACACCUGGCUGUGUACGUAUGUCUAUAAAUCGACGAUGAUUGUUCUCCUUUACAAGAGUUGAAAAAUGUUUACAGCGACGGGACAGUUCGAUGAUCCGGAGAAACUUUUCAAUCAAUUUUUAAAUUGAUAUUCGACACUCCGGAAUAAAAGUAAUUGUCUCAAAGAAUUAUAUUCAAUUAGAACAAGUACUAAUAAUAUUUAAGAAGCGAUUAUCACGGAGUCAUGGCAAACUAGAUUCACGUUGGGGAAACGAACCGUUCCGUAAUAAGAUUUCUAGUCCACUAUGCUAUGCUGUGGACGAUUAUGGUUCUUUCAUGCGACAUCGCAAUCGCAAUAUUCAAGUAUGCUUUGCCCAUUGUACACUUUCGAAAAAAAAAAACAAAGUCAACUUGUCGAUAAUAUUCCUACCUUAAACUCUAAGCACCAACGCAACGGUUUAACUCGUUCGAAUGGAAACUAUAAAAAGACAAAUGCAAAGCGAAUGCCGAUCAGCAAACAAUAUCGAUUUUAAAUCGAAUGUAUUAUUGUUGCGAAUAACGUUUAGAAUGUAUAUAAAAUAUGAAAUAUAGGUUCAAGUACA